AUGGACGUCGCAGCCGUCUUCCGCCAUGGCGCAGGCAACAUGAUGCCACGAAACCCGCCAUACCAUCACCACCCGCCUCCCAACGCCCCUCCGCAACUCUACCCGGGUCCUUCCCACGCUCCUCCUGCCGGUCGCGAAGAUCCAGAGAGUGACGGUCCCUCCAAUCGCAUUGCCCACACUCUGACAGCUUGCUGUCGCUGUCGCCAGCGUAAAACCAGAUGCGAUCCCACCUUGCCGCGUUGUCUGCCGUGCGAACGCGCCGGCUCGGUUUGCGAAUACUAUGACACCACCAAGGGGAAGAAAAUCAAUCGUAACUAUGUCAUUAAGCUGCAAGAAAAGGUGCGCGCUCUCGAGGCCGAGCUGCGCCAGUACACCGACGACGACAGCGAGUUCUCCCACCUCGACGAGGACAUCGUGCGCCCCGGUGGCCUGGUUCGCCUCAACGACACCGACGAGACCCCGCGCUACCUGGGUCCGAGUAGCGGCAUCGCAAUGACACGCUUGCUGGUCCAGGGCGCCAAGCUCUUUACCGAUUCCAAGCGAAUAUCAGAGUUGAUCCCCGAAGUUCGUGCGCGGAGGAUGACGCGCAUGCAGUCCAUCGUCAUGACGAGAGACCGGAAGAAGAGCUAUCCCAUGAUCAGCGCCCACCCCGCCCAGCACCUGCCAACCAGGCCCAUCGCCAACAAGCUCGUGGACGUCUUUUGCCAGCGAUCCCAAGUAUUUUGGCCAACGUUGCACGAGAAACUAUUCCUGGAUGAUCUCGAGGCGGUGUACGCCGGAGACCCAGACCCCUACAAGAACCUCAUCGUCCGCAUGGUGUUUGCCAUCUCGUUGCAGAAAAUGGAUCCGCAGUAUGCCGGUCUGGCUGACAGCUACUACUUGGCGGCUAUGGAACACUUUGAGCAAGUGUCCCGGCCAAAGGACCUCAAGUCUCUGCAGAGUUUAGCACUCAUCGGCCAAUAUUCUCUCCUUACCCCCACGAGGACUGCCGUAUACUACAUGGUUGGCAUGGCCACGCGCGUUUGCCAAGCAGAGGGCCUGACCGACGAGAAGACCAUAUCCGCCGGGAUCGCCUUGGAUCCCUUGACCCUGGACAUGCGCCGUCGUCUUGCCUACAUCAUCACUUCCAUGGAAGCAGGCCUGGCACACAGCAUGGGCCGACCCAACGGAUUCUCCAAAGCUGACGACCGGAUGGAUGUGGAGCCUUUUGCGACAGUCGACGAUGAGUACAUCACGGCCGACGGCAUUGGCCAGGGGCCUCCAAGCGAGAACAAGCUGGUGGCUUUGCAUUUCUUCAAGAUGCGCAUGGAGCAGGCCGAGAUCAGGAGAGUGCUCUACGAGAAGAAGCGCGACGAGCCCAGGGAUGAGAGCCACCCCUGGUUUGCCAAGAUGGAGAGAGAUAUCCAGAACUGGAUUGACUCUUCACCUCAAAAUCCUGCUUGGUGUAGGCCAUGGUUCACCGGACGCUAUCACCAGAUGCGCAUUUUCCUCUAUCGGCCAUCACCACAAGUACCCAAGCCGUCUCCACGGGCUGCGGGCAUCUGCUUUGAAGGCGCGUCGUACAUUAUCAACUUGUCAAAGCAGCAGAUGGAAAAGGCAGCAGUCGACAUCACUUGGGUGUUCCUCCUCAACCUCUACAUGUCUCUCAACACGCUGCUCUGGACAGUCUCGUAUCCCGAGAUCCGACAGGCUCACCACCGAGACGAGGUGGAAGAGUUGAGUGAUCAGACUCUGGACAUCCUGGAGCAAUGCACUGAGCGUUGGCCAGGAACCGCUCAGGCUGUGCAACUCUACUCCAUCUUUGCCAAGGCAUGCCUUCAGAGCUAUGAUGCCAGAGAUACCCCUAUUCUGCAACCAUCCAGCACUUUCACGACCCCGCCUUCUCUCUUUGACGGCAACUCUCCUCAGGGCUCCGACGUGUCGGCCUCAACAGCGCCAGGCGGCGGGCCGACAUUCAAGGUUAACCCGCCUCACAACCCGCCGCAGUUCGGCUUCGUUUUUGACGCGACCCCCGAAUCCAUGAACACUUACCAGUGGGAUCCCAAUUUCCCCCCUCAUCCAACCUUCCGUUCCAACUCAAUUUGGGGCAACUCGUCUGGUGAAAAUGAACCGAACAUGAAUAUGGGAGGUCGCCGCUUCUCUGCCUAUCCUCCCGAGUCACCACUAGAAGACUCCACUCCACCGGCCACGACCACGCCUGGUUACAAUUCAUCGUCGUCGCCGCCUAGCACCAUCAACAACGCUAUGCCUACACCGCCCGAGUCAUUCAACAGCGGUCCCGUCGGUACGCCAUCAAGCUCGACCAUCUCGCCGCCCCCGAUGGGAACUCCAGCCAUGCCACAGUCUUCGCUACUUGUUCUCCAGCACGGAACACCAGCCAUGGUCCAGCACAGCACAAACAUGUCACCGCCUCCACCGCCUGUUCCUGGAAGCAGAGGCCCCGGUGCCUUUGGUGCUCCGCCGACAUCGAAUCCGGGGGCACCGCAACGCGCGCUGCCGAACUACAACCCGACCACGGACUGGUUCAAUCCGCCACCUCCAUUUAUCAACCCCGACGCGUUUAGCUCGGUGAGCAACAGCUUCUUUGGGGACUCGUUGCAGGUGAAUGGUUUCAACUUGCAAAACCCCGGCUUGGGGCUUGAUCAGUUUGGGGGCCCUUUCAAUUGGUCACAGGAGCGGCAAGGCAGUCUUAGCCAGCAACAGCAGCUGGAGCUAUUGAACGUCCUGGAGAAUGAGGGAAUGAGCGAUAUCGACGCCAUUCUCAAUAUGGGCAUGAAUCACCCACCCCCUGCCGCGAGUGUCUGGCCGCAAGCAUAA